UGGUCACGUGACCCCGGAAGAUGGCCGCGCUGACAGCCGAGCACUUUGCCGCGCUCCAGAGCCUGUUGAAGGCCUCCUCAAAAGAUGUUGUGAGACAGCUAUGUCAAGAGAGCUUUUCCAGUUCGGCACUUGGCUCAAAAAAUCUCUUGGAUAUUACAUGUUCCAGCUUGUCUGUGACCCAGGAGGAGGCAAAAGAACUGCUCCAGGCUCUACACCGCCUCACCAGGCUGGCCACAUUCCGCGACCUAUCCUCUGCCGAGUCCAUUCUGGCUCUCUUUCCAGAAAAUUUCCACCAAAACCUCAAAAACCUGCUGACCAAAAUCAUCCUAGAACAUGUAUCCACGUGGAGAACUGAAGCCCAAGCAAAUCAGAUCUCUCUGCCACGCCUGAUUGACCUGGACUGGAGAGUGGACAUCAAAACCGCCUCAGAUAGCAUCAGCCGCAUGGCCGUCCCCACCUGCCUGCUCCAGAUGAAGAUCCAAGAAGAUCCCAGUCUGUGUGGGGACAAGCCCUCCGUCUCUGCUGUCACCAUGGAACUGAGCAAGGAAACACUGGACACUAUGCUUGAUGGGCUGGGCCGCAUCCGUGACCAGCUUUCUGCCGUGGCCAGCAAGUGAGCUGCCCACCUGCUUGUGCCCACUGCUGCGUCCGAGUGCCGAUCAGCAGUGAAGCCCCACCCACCACACAGGUAGCCCUUGCAGCAGCAGCUGUGGUCGACAGUAGGAGGAGGAUGGGGACACGGGGACAUGCUGCCAUCCAGUACACAUAGGUGGCUCAGGAGGAAGCAGCCCAGGCCCUUCACUUUUCUGGUAUUUUUUUCCUCUUUCUGAAUCUGAAGCCUCCAUCUUUAGGAGGCUCCUCUGUGCCACUUAAUGACUGUUGUGCCACUGGGAGAGGACUUUUGCUUUGUCAGCCGCCUCUGCUUGGCUUUUUGGGAAAUUCAAGUCCAAAUUGUGGAGCUUGCCUGAAAAGCCUUAUUAGUUCAUUUCCAGCCCCAGAGCACAUCUGAUGGAUGAUGCCAGCACCUCUCAUUCCUCUCUCAGAGAAGCCAGGCAAAUCCCACGGUGCAGGGCCUGAACCCCCUCAGGCUGCUGGACCAUCUGUCUAGCACAGGAAGUUGGAAAUGAUUGCUAAUUCUGUUCUUCAUGAAGCCAGGGGCCCCUUGCCUAAUGUAAUGCAACCAUUGCUGGGUGAGGAAGUGGGGGUAAUUGGAAAUAAAUAACACUUUUACGA